AUGACUGGACGCGGCGGAGGCGGGCGCAAGGUUCUCUUGCCCCCGAUCAACUUCAUCUUCAAGCUCCUGCAGUCGCAUGCCACCGUCAAGAUCUGGCUGUACGAGCAGCUGGCCGUCCGUAUCGAGGGCAAGAUCAGGGGUUUCGAUGAGUUCAUGAACCUCGUCAUCGACGACGCCGUCGAGGUUAAGCAGGUCACCAAGACAAACCCGGAGGAGAAGAGGCGGGCGCUAGGCCAAAUCCUGCUGAAGGGCGACAACGUCUCGCUCAUCCAGGAGGCAGUAUGA